CUGCAGCGCAUGAUCCUCGACCACGUAAAGCUCGCAACGAUAUAUCUGUGGGUCUACGUGCGAUUUGGACGAGAGGAUCCUUGUUUUGGCCAGGAGUUAUCAAGUCGUCUUGUAUUCGUUCACCGUCACGUUUGGAGAUGGGGAAAGCGAGCUGUCGAUUUCCGAAUUAUUCUGACUUAUUCGGGGUGAGUGGUAUAGUGCCGAGCGAGACUGAGACUAUCCAGAUCGAUGAAGAGCCGGAGCAGGGAGUUGUGCAGCCGCAGCUGGUGGCUGAGCCGCAGCAAGACGUAAGUCUUGACGUUUCGGGGAGAACUGCGGUCGUUCCUGGCCGUCGAGCUGUUAGCGAGGACAGGGCGGCUAGGGUCUCUGCUGCUCAUUCCGGGAAGAAGAAGGUGUCAGGUUCGACUAACGAGGCCGCCUUUCGUGUUCCCCCCGAUGUUGAUGUUUCCUUACGUAGGCAGCCCCUCCUGAAUAUGAAAUGCUGAUUUGCUUUGAUCACUGCAUCGUUACUAA